GAGACAGGUGGGAUCGAGCGCGCCUGGUCCCUAGCGGGGGCCUUGAAACCGACGAGGCAGGACCCGACAGUCCCCUGAGAUCACCAGCUAUGAAUCUCUGAGCGCUGGGAACAAGGGCCCUCGUAAAGGAGCGAUUGGAAGGCCUGCCGCAAGGAAAUGGCUCUGCGCCCCUCGGAAGAGGAGGAGUCGAGGUUAAAGAUGCUGAAUGAGAACGAGGAAGACCUUACUCUCCAGGGGAGUUCUGAACAGGAGACACUGCACGAAACAUUUCCCCAGAAAACAACCAUAAACAUUUCCCAACAUUUGGAUCAGGAAGAAUGCUGUGAGAGUCAGCACGAGGCUGCAGUUCAGCAGAUGUACCAGCCAAGGAAAAGGAAGUGUAAAUCUGACCAUCACGAGGAAACCACCAUCAAUCUCAGUAAAGUGCAAAAGCAAGUUCCCAAACUGGGCAAAUCCUAUAAGUGUCCAGACUGUGGCAAGUGUUUCAAGCGAUGCUCACCCCUCAUAAGACAUAGGAGGACCCACACUGGAGAGAAGCCCUAUGUGUGCCGUGUGUGUUUGAAAUGCUUCAGUGAUGGCUCUGCCCUUGUAAAGCACCGGAGGAUCCAUGCAGGAGAAAAACCAUACAAAUGCCCAGAGUGUGGGAAAAGCUUUUCACAGAGUUCAACCCUUAUUGCUCAUCAAAGAAUCCACACAGGAGAAAAGCCCUAUAAGUGCCCUGUCUGUGGGAAAAGCUUCAGUGUGAGCUCAAAUCUUGUGGCUCAUCAAAGGAUUCACACAGGAGAGAAGCCUUAUGAAUGUUCUGUCUGUGAGAAAAGCUUCCUUGUCAGCUCACACCUUGUCCGGCACCAGAGGAUUCACACAGCAGAGAAACCGUACAUUUGUCGGGAGUGUGGUGAGUGUUUCACUCAGAGCUCCCACUUGGUUGUUCACAAAAGAAUCCAUACUGGUGAGAAACCUUAUUUAUGUGCAGUGUGUGGGAAAAACUAUCGUGGGGUCUCAGACUUGAUUCUCCAUCAGAGAAUCCACACAGGUGAAAAACCAUAUACCUGCCUCCAGUGUGGGAAAAGCUUCCGCCAAAGCUCGUGUCUUACCAAGCACCAAAGGAUCCACACUGGAGAGAAACCUUAUGAGUGUCAUGAAUGUGGAAAAAGCUUCAAUCGGAAUUCUCAUCUCUCAAGGCACCAGAGAAUCCACAAGAAUGCCAGAUAAAUGUUCAUAAAAUAAAUUGGUCCCUUUCCAAAACUGAAAACCAGACUCAUCCUCAUACAGUGAGGAAAAAGCCUAGCUUGUCAAUGUUCUCCCACAUCCCACUGUAUUUUCUGUCUCACCAUCUCAUAUCAAGGCUGUCAGCAAAGGCAUCAAAGACAUACCUGAGAGUGGAUCUGCUGAUGUUACUUUGUCGUUUGGAUGUGGUUAAUGUUUCUAUCUUUCUUUCUGUUCAAGGACUUUAAAAAAAUUGCAUCCUAGUAUCCUUCAUGGGUUUCUCAAGGACAGGUUGUCUAUCCGCUUUAAAAUGAUAUCUUGGGUAUUUUUUCCUUCAGACCUUGAGGUUUCUUUCAGGUAUCCUUAAUGAUCACCAGGGAAACCCCUGGGAUUGACUGCUUUGUCCUGAGAGAUGGAACAGAAGACAAGCUCUAUCCAAAUGAAAACAUUUGUCAUCUUUUUUUCUGGGCUGAUUGAUGUCAGGGCCUUAGCUUAGUUUGAUGUAUAAGCUUUCCCAAUGCUGUGAGUUUUCAUAUGAGGGAGCAUUCAGACAUGCCAACUUGAACUUGCCCUCUGAAGUAGUACAAUCUAAGAAGGGCUGUACCACAUGCCAUUUUUGCAUGUCUGAACUGGCCAAUAUAGUGCUAAGAGCUCUUCUCUGCAUUGUAUUCCUUCUGGUUUGAAGCACUAGUUCUGAAAAUCAAGGCUGACUUUUUUGUGAAUAUAACAGCAAACGAGCUAGAGAUCCAUUACACUCAUGGGGAGGGAAAUUAAUCCGUUCUCUGCUAGUCCAGUUUUUUCCCUUUUGUUGCCAUCUCAGAUGCUGCUUGCACUCUUUUCCUCUCCCCCCUUACUGCUUUUGCUCCUCUGCCUGCUUUCACUUUUUCUCCUCUGCCUGUUCGAGUAUCCACUCUCCGUCUUGGAAGUGUUCCAUUUAGCUAGACUACCCCACAAUGCCAACCAUGUCACAAGAUUUCAUGAUGGCUUUAAAACCUAAUUUAAAAUGUUGGGUUUUUCUCCCUGCAAACAUGUCUACAUGGCCUCAUUGUGCAGAUUUUUUGAUCUGCACUCUGGGGGCAGGUUCAAAAUCUUCUGAGAGAUUGUUCUCUUUCCAUGCCUGCAUCUACAAAAAGGUUAGGAAAUGAAG